GUUUUGAAUUUUUUUUUAGGCAUUGUUGUACGGAGCACCAAGUCAUAGCUAACUAUUUUCUCGAUGUAAAUAGGUAAUGCUGUGAGUGCCAUUCAAGCGAGCUCGGGACAAGUUGCACCAACAAUAACCGCCAGCAGCACCAAUGCCGACGCCCCCACUAAUACAGAUCAGUCGAGCCCUACCAAAAUUGGAAUUGCUAGCGUCAAAGUGGAUGGACCGCCUGCUUACAUUACUUGGAUGACGCCUCUACCGAAUGCGGCAUACCCACCUUUGUAUAAAAUCGGAGCCUCGAUUGUAACAAUGGAGUGGAGCGUUGAUAUGAAGGCACUGCAGAUCAUACCUUCUAAUCUGACAGUUGCCAUUGUUAGCCCGCAAAAGGAAACCAUCGUAGCUGCAGAACUACCCGGGUUUGCAACAUCUGCCACAUGGAACUUGAUGGCCUUAACCAAGCCAUUGAUGGUAGGCUACUUUACAGUGAGCAUCUACGAUCAACGAGGUCCUGCUGCUAUCCCAAGUCCUGGCCAGCUUAUGCCUGACUCACGCUUAACGCUGGGACUCUACAGCGCCGAGUCCUACAUCCCGCGGACAGACUCGCGAUUUUGUCCUACUUGUUUCCUAAACUCUGGACCGCCCGUAGAGUUCCGCACAUAUUAUAUCAUCCUAGGCAUCAGCAUAGCUACUGCUGUCGCAUUCUGUGGCAUGAUGUGAUUUUUUGCAGUCAGCAACCAAAGCUCAUUUGUUCCAUUGAAAAAGUAAACGUUCGGAGAACGGUAGCUGAACUCCGCUUCAUCCCAGCCAGCAAAUAACAUCUUGCGUUCUAACCAUGUGGUCUAUCCCAACACCGAAAAAUAAAAAGCCGAAUC